AUCGCGCUCUUCCUCCUCAACUCGUCCACGCUCCUCCUCCAGGCCAUCCUGUACCCGCAGCAGGCGAAGCGCCUGAUCAAGGACCCCGUCAAGGGCAUCUUUGUCCCGCUCAUCGUCCUCUCCUUUGCGACGAUCAUCAUCGGGACCAUCAACUACGCCGUCCCCUCGGGGCACAUGCUCGUCGGCGUCGUCGCCUUCAACGUCCUUAAGGUCGUCCCCCCCGAGGAGCCGCGUGCGCUCGGCGUCCUCCUCGUCGGCUACUUCUUCCAGGGCCUCGGCUUUUUUGUGACGUUUAUAUAUAUUUGUAUAUACAUGAUCCGGUGCGUGCGCACGGGCUUCCUCGACGGCCACCAGGCGAACGGCGCGUUCGUCGCGUGCGGCCCGCCGGGCUUCACCGCGCUCGCGCUCAUCAACCUCGGCGACCACGCGCGCGACAUCCUCCCGAAACACAACCUCGUCUCGCCGCUCGCGGGCGAGAUCUGGUACGCGUCCUCCGUCAUGGCCGGCCUGCUCCUCUUUGGCCUCGCGGUGUUCUUCUUCGUCUUCGGCGUCCUGCCGUACUGGUUCAAGCUGCACAAGCAUCUGAGCGAGAUCCUGGGCUGCUGGGCGCUGACCUUCCCGAAUGUCGGGUGGAUCAACACGCUCCGCGUGCUCGGGGACACGUUCGACAUCCCC